AUGGAUAUAUUUUUUCUAGAUGACCGAAAGUAUUUGAUAACUGUAGACUAUUUUUCAAAUUACUGGGAAAUUGACUACUUGAAGGAUUUGCAGUCAGAGACGGUCAUAGGAAAAGUGAAGAGUCAGUUUGCAAGACAUGGAAUUCCUGAAUGUGUUAUAUCAGACAAUGGAACACAAUUUACCAGUGAGCUUUUCAGCCAAUUCUCAAAGAAAUGGAAUUUUCAACAUAAAUCCUCAUCGCCAGGAUAUGCCCAGAGCAAUGGCAAGGCUGAAAAUGCAGUUAGAACAGCUAAAAGGCUACUAAAAAAGGCAAAAGCGGAUCGAAAGGAUCCUUAUUUGGCGAUAUUGGAUCUCCGCAACACACCGGAUCAAGAUGGCAGUAGCCCUGUACAGAAGUUGAUGAGCAGACGUACAAGGAACCGGUUACCAACCACUUCAAAGCUCCUGAAACCAAAGGUAGAAAAAGGAGUGUUUGAAAACAUAAAGAGAAAGAAAGAAAGGCAAGAGUUACAGUAUAACAAAUCAGCUAGAGACUUGAAGCCACUUCAAGUUGGAGAUAAAGUCAGGAUAUUCCGAUUUCACGACAAACAAUGGAACUUGGAAGGCAAAGUUAUCAGGUGCUUGCCCAACAGAUCAUAUUGUGUGAAACUGAAGAAUGGGAAACAGCUGAGGAGAAAUAGGAAACAUCUAAAGAAAGUAUCUCAUGACAACAGCAACUUCAGUGAUGAAGACAUUGCUGACAUGGAUGACCCAGUAAUCCAUCCAUGGCCAAAAGCACAAACACCAAACCAACAAGUGCAUGAACCACAACAUCAGCAACAAGUGGACCACCCUACUACGGAAACCUCGCCCGUGAAAACCAGAACGGGAAGAACAGUGAAACCUCCAAAAUAUCUGAAAGACUAG